AUGUCUAGAUCUCCGGGCGACCACGAACGAUCAAUGGCUCUGUUCAUUCCCAAUUAUACCCACAUGGCUCUCAGCCUCACCACAAUCUUGUCAGGCUCCAGUACCACUACCUGGAGCUCAGUCUUCUCGUUCAAGUCACUGUGCCAGUGCGUCGCUCAACGUAAAGCAAAACCGACAUCGAACCGCAAAACGGACAGGAUCUCGAGCCGACUUUCGAGGACCCGGCGCGGCGCCCCACAACCUAUCAGCCGCGCUCGUCGCAGCUCUCCCAUCGUUCACGAGUCUUCCCAAGAUCUUCGUCGCCAGAUGGUCCGGGAGGUGACCGGCAACCGGCCAUUCAAAUCUCUCCGCGCAUAUUCCGAUACCCGGGUCCCUCAAUCUGUUACUCCACCAUCCUCACCUCCUGCUCCUGGACACACCACCAACCCGGCAGAACUCGGCUGA